AUGUCGGCGGUAAUCCCUUCUGGAUCACAAUUUUAUUCUUCCUGUCUAUGCAGUAACAAGCGACUUGUGGCCUUAGUGCCAAAUGACACUUCAUUCAACACCAGACGAGCCUACACCAGUGAAGAUGAAGCCUGGAAGUCGUAUUUGGAGAAUCCCCUAACAGCAGCUACCAAGGCUAUGAUGAGCAUAAAUGGUGAUGAGGACAGUGCUGCUGCUCUUGGCCUAUUGUAUGACUAUUAUAAAGUUCCCAGAGAUAAAAGGCUGUUGUCUGUUAACAAAGUGAGUGAUAAUCAAGAAGACCAAGAUAAAAGAAAUUGUCUUAAUACCACGGAAUCUCAGAAUAACUUAAGUGGGGGAGAGAACCGUGUGCAAGUCCUGAAGACAGUGCCAGUUAACCUUUCCUUGAACCAAGAUCCUUUGGAGUCAUCCAAAAGGGAAUACAACACAAAUGUGUCUGGGAGCUCAACGCCCAUCACAGGGUCCACAGUGACUGUGGUUAAAGCAGAGGAAUUCACCCCUGUUUUUAUGACCCCACAAACACACUAUGCAAGAGGAGAAAAUGAGGAGCACCGAGGUGUUAUCUUUGAACCCUAUGAAGUAUCCAGCAUUGCUCCCCACACAAAUUAUCUUAAAGAUGAUCAGCGCAGUACUCCUGACAGUACCUACAGUGACACCUUCAAAGAUGGAGGAACAGAAAAGUAUCGGAGUGUGUCAGUGGGGGCUGAAGAAUAUAUUUAUGAACAAACAAGCACUUUUCAGUAUACGCUAGAAGCUACCAAGUCUCUGCGUCAAAAGCAAGGGGAAGGACCCAUGACCUACCUGAACAAAGGACAGUUCUACGCCAUCACCCUGAGUGAGACGGGUGACAACAAAUGCUUCCGGCAUCCCAUCAGCAAAGUCAGGAGUGUGGUCAUGGUUGUUUUCAGUGAGGAUAAAAACAGAGAUGAACAGCUGAAAUACUGGAAGUACUGGCAUUCCCGGCAGCACACAGCUAAACAGAGAGUCCUUGACAUUGCUGAUUACAAGGAGAGUUUUAAUACCAUUGGGAAUAUUGAAGAAAUUGCAUUCAAUGCUGUGUCCUUUACUUGGGAUGUCAAUGAGGAGGCAAAGAUUUUCAUCACAGUGAAUUGCUUGAGCACAGACUUCUCUUCACAAAAAGGAGUAAAAGGGCUUCCUUUGAUGAUUCAGAUCGAUACUUACAGCUACAACAACCGCAGCAAUAAACCUAUCCACCGAGCCUACUGCCAGAUCAAGGUUUUCUGUGACAAGGGAGCAGAAAGGAAAAUCCGAGAUGAGGAGAGAAAGCAGAAUAGGAAGAAAGGCAAAGGCCAGGCAUCCCAAGCCUCGUGUAAUAAUGCAGCUGAAGGGAAGUUGAGUGCACUCCCUCUGCAGAAAAAGAGUGAUAUCACCUUCUUCAAAACAAUGGCUGACCUGGAUUCCCAGCCAGUUCUCUUCAUACCAGAUGUUCACUUUGGAAACCUACAAAGAACUGGACAGGUUUACUAUAAUACAGAUGAUGAGAGAGAAGGUAGCAGUGUUCUGGUCAAAAGGAUUUUCCGGCCUGUGGAGGAAGAGUUUGGACCCUCGCCUUUGAAACAAAUCAAAGAAGAAGGUCUGAAAAGAGUUCUUUUAUAUGUGAGGAAGGAGACAGAUGAGGUGUUUGAUGCUUUGAUGCUGAAAUCACCAACCGUAAAGGGACUAAUGGAAGCUAUCUCUGAGAAAUAUGGGCUGCCAGUUGAAAAGAUUGCAAAACUUUAUAAGAAGAGCAAAAAGGGUAUCCUGGUAAACAUGGAUGACAACAUUAUUGAGCACUACUCCAAUGAGGACACAUUCAUCCUGAACAUGGAGAGCAUGGUUGAAGGCUUCAAGAUCACACUGACAGAGAUCUAG